UUCCACAUAAACAGUACAUUUUAAAAUUUCAGUCGUAGGAAAGUUCAUGAACCGAACCGAAGAUGUGCAUGAAAGCUGAAAGUUGAAAUAAAGGCUCGUACGCUCGGUACGCUCGUAGUCAUCGCUCGUAGUUGAGUGCACUAGUGAAUAAUUCUAAUCUCAAGAUUUGUUCUAUGAUUUCAUGUGUUUGUAUUGUAAUGCAUUUGUAAUGGAGUGUUAGUCAGGACAGGUAAUUGUUAUGCUCAUAUGCUGAAAGAAAUGUUAUUGUUCGUUCGAUAGUGAAGUGUUCAUAAUUUCAAGAGUUUUAUGCUUAUCAAAUGGCCUGUUCUUCGUGUUAAUUUAUUGUGCGGUUGUUGUGUUAUGUUCGCGCAGAAGUUCGAUUCGUGAAUAUGAAUACUGUGCUGAUGAGUCGAUACUAUGAAUGCACUCAGUGAAAAUAUAAUUCCAUUACGAAAUUCAAGAUCAUCGAUUUCAUGCUGCGGACGGUGGUCCUGUGUUUGCUCUGCUCGAAAAUGGUUAUUACGACCAAAGAUCAUUCACCCCAGUACUAUACGGCUUACGCGUGCGAUGGAAAAAUGCUAAAGAUCGAAUGCAAAGAAGGUUACGUUAUUAAUCUAAUACGUGCUAAUUACGGAAGGUAUUCGAUCACCGUUUGCAACGAUCACGGUAGUACCGAAUGGAGUGUGAAUUGUAUGUCACACAAAUCGUUUUCUAUACUAUCGAGUCGUUGUUCACAAAAACGGAACUGUAGCAUACAAGCUAGUACUAAUUUAUUCAAUGAUCCUUGCCCUGGUACAGUGAAGUAUUUAGAAGCUCAUUAUGCCUGUGUAUCAGCUACGUUUACACCUUCGACGUCUCGACCAGCGCCACCUUGGAUGGCAACUUCAGCACCUAGUUGGUCAACUACCAAAUCCAUAUCCAUACACCCCGAGAUAGUGCCACCUGCUACGCCAUCCGUAUCUACAUCAAGUGUGGUUUCGUCCACUAAAAUAACACCUAAAGAACGCGAAUCUGAAGAUAACGAAUGGAACAACGUUAAUACGAAUCCACCGAUCAUGGAAUUUUCUUCGGAACCUGAAGUAAUAGUUCCUCGUAUCACUAGCACCGAAAUGCAGCUAAGCAGUAGCGAAAGCCCGAUGAUAAUGGAAACUGAAAAAGUUCCACUAUGUAAGCCUAUCACUAUACGUAAUUUAUCGUGGAAUUGGACCCAAGGCGGUGAUGUGUCCGUGUUACCAUGUCCGAACGGAGCAGCCGGUUUUGCCAAAUGGAGAUGUCAUAAGAUCAACGCUAACGAAGCUAAACGCACCCCCGAUACUCCCGAUUUAUCCGAAUGCAGAUCUGUUUGGCUGAGUAGUCUAGAAAAUCGUAUCAGCGAAGGCGAUUCGUUACCCAAAGUCGCCGGUGAUUUAAGUCAAGUUACCGAAAGUAAAACGUUGUUCGGCGGUGAUAUGAUUCUUACGGCUAAAAUUAUUAGAGACAUGGCGCAAAAAAUGUCCAAAGAUGUACCAACGUUUCCAGAUCGUCGGCAGCGCGAAGCAGUAGUAUACGAUUUACUUCAAAAUAUCGCUCGCGUUGGAAGCAACUUAUUAGACAUCUCGCACCAACAGUCGUGGAAAGAUUUACCAGCCAUCGAACAAAUGCGAAUAGCUACGAAUCUUCUUGUCGGUUUAGAAGAAAACUCAUUUUUACUCGCCGAUACGACUAAUCGCGAAAAAAUAGUCAAUCAUUGUACAAAAAAUAUGUUGCUUAGUAUUCAAGUACUGGAAGCCGAGAGCGUCGAUAACGAAGUGUUUCCUGCGUACCCGGUGGUCGAAAAUUGUUCAUUGAGGAUCAACAACUGGUUACAGUUACCUAAAUCGUCGCUAUUGCAAAAUAGCGAAGGCAAUUUGGUGCGUUUAGUAUACGUAGCGUUCGAUACACUCGAACAUAUACUCAAAGCUCCUUCAAACAGUAAAGAGCAGAAGAAAAUCAAUAGUAAAGUGCUUUCCGCUUCGUUAGGCAAAGGCCGUCAUAUACAGCUCAACGAACCGGUUAUAUUAUGCCUACAGCAUUUGACGACCGAAAACGUAAGCAAUCCUACGUGCGUGUUUUGGGACUACACCCAAAGCAACUGGUCCGAAGAGGGUUGCACUUUGAUAGCGACCAACGAAACCCAUACCAUGUGUAGAUGUACUCAUUUAACCAAUUUCGCCAUCAUGGUCGAUGUGAAACCAUCGCACGCUAUGGGUCACGUGAUUCCUCUAUCAUUGAUGGUAUUUUUAAUCUGCGUCGUACUGAUACUUUCAAUUAUCGCCAUCGUACUAGGCGUCAUGUGCGUACGCAAUCACAACGCGCGUCGAGACUACGGUUCUACAUUCGUACCGGAAAACGAAUGGUUCCUCAAAUGCUUCGGAUGUUGCCAAUCGAGUUCCGAAUCGGAGAAAACUCUCAAUUGUAAAGAACCCAGACCGGCGUUAUACGGUAAUCCGACCAUGAUGGAGAGUAUGACGUCCGUCGAAAACGCAGCCAGACGUAUCGAACACUUGGAAAAUACUCUGCAGCAUCGUAAUCGUAUAUUAGCUAAUACUCUAGGCACAAACAGCCUUCGUAGUCAUCAUCUUCAUCAUCAUCACACCUACGGCGAACAUCGCGCUCGCAAAUUAUCCAAUACGCUGAGCACGAACAUUCCUCGCAAUCAUACCUAUACGGAGCACCGUAAUCGUAAACUGUCCAAUACGUUGGGCUCGAAUAGUCCGCGUAGUCAUACUUAUAGUGAAAUCGCCGCCGGCAGCAGUCGAAGCGAUCCCGUAUACGAAGAGAUCGAACGCGAACGAGAACAUUGUAGUCAAAUUUCCGAUAUCAGCGACGACGACGCUAAACGCAACAGUGAUAUGAGUAGGCAGUCCUCAAAAAGCUACGGCGAUCAUCGACCAUUAAUACCUUACAAUCCGGUCACCGACAGAAAUUUCCAUGCCGCCCUCGAUGCCGCGUACAGGCAGCAGCUCAAAGAACACAGCGCCCGGACCGUCUCCGUUUUAGAUGGUCAAACGGUCGUUUGCCAUUUACAACAAAUGUUGUAGCUAGUGAAAUAUGCCGUCUAUUUAACGUGAUCAUCCACGUUUAUCCGACAAGCUUUUUAAGGAUUAACCAGGUUUUACCUUCGUUUGUUUUUUUAUAUAUGUAUAUCGUUUACGUAGGUUUUUUUCGUGCUUUUUGUAAAGUACCUAUGUGUGUAUUUGUUGAAUAUUGACAACCCGAUGUGAUGGAAGCGGUUCAAAAUUCGAAUAUUUUUUAGGUUUGGUGAGAUUUACCAGUGAUUUUUUUCCCUCGCUAAUCUUAAAAAAACUGAACUGCGUUGCGAAUUCGCUUCGAAGUUGCGUCGAUGUAGAAUUUUAUCGAUUUUUACUAGUCGAAAAUUGAAUUAUUCUUUCGGGUAGGUUUGGAUUCCCAGUCGAAAAUUGAAUUAUUCUUUCGGGUAGGUUUGGAUUCCCUUUAAGCCCUAGAAAAACAAUGUAAAAGUGAAGAGAAACAAAAUUGUGGAGAUCAAAAUUUUCUGUCAAUAGAGAGUGAUUCAUUUUAUAAGGUAGGCUUUUUUUCAAAUGUUCUGAGCUGUAUUUGAAAAGUUCACCUUAAAUUGACUGUUUCUGAUGAAAAAUGGGAAUUUUUGAUUUUUGAGGAAAAUUGAAGUCCAAAGAAUAAAUACAGUGAAAAAUUGCAGACUGAGCGUAAAUGAUCUCGCCUGUAAAAUGUGAUUGAUUUUUUUUUCAGGUUUUGUGUUCUGAGAAAAUUUCUGCUUCUAAAAGUGAAUUUCUCUCAAUUUGAGAACAGGUCAAAGAAUUUCUGAGUAUCUAAUCCAAGUAGAAUAAUUUUACUCAAUUUCUAGCAGCUGAAAAUUUGAAUUUAAAAUUGAUAUUUUGAUGUAAUUUGUAGUCAAGUAGUUCACUCAUUGGGCAAACAUUUUUGAGAAAUCACUUUUUUGUUUACGAAAUAUUUCUAAUUUCAUUUCCAUUCAUGUGAAGAGGGAGGGGAUUGUCAUCGAUGAAUGCAUUUCUUAUUUAUAGACUUCUUCAUUUUUUAAAAACAUUUUGAAAUUACUGCCAAUUUUAAAUUUUAAAAUAUUCUUACUCUUGUUCCUAUUACUAAUACGAGUUGAUCAUUGUAUUGAAUUGAUUGACUCCGGUCGAAUUCAUUUGAUUUUAUUCGCAGCUUCGCGUAUCAAAGUGACGUGAAAGGUGUUCCAAUUAAGAAUCAAGCUAUUGUUUAUUACUACUAUACUUUCUGAUAUCUAAAAGAUAGGGACGUUUGAAAUUUAGGUACAUGAAACCUACAGUACUUUAUUAAAUUAACCUUUCAUUUCAAAGUUCAAAAUUCGUUUCGAUUUGCAGGUUUUAUUAGACUUUAAUGUAUAAUUUGUGAUACCUACCUUAUAUUUAUAUUGAUUUUAUUCCUACUUUUUUUUUUUUUUGAAGAAACUACAUGUUUCAGGAUUGGUAUAGCAUUUCUACAUUCCUUUGGUGUUUAAAAAUUAGCAUAAUAAUUUUAUCGAUUGAGUUUUUAAAAGAUUUAAUAAAUUAUGGCCAGACUCGAAUCAGUGUUUCUGAAAUGCAAGGCAAUCAAAAUUAAGUACAUAAUAGCAUUGUUUUUGUCCGUGACCUUACAUAAAAAUGAAAGAUACGCUAUGUAAACAAUUCAUUUUCAACACGUAGUCUCUGUUUCUCGAACAAAGAAUUAUUCAGGGUAACUACUUAAUUACUACAUCGACUUGUAUAAAAAGCAAUUUUAUUUAUUAUAACUCUUCUAUAUUUGGCGACGUGUACCUGAUGUACCUAUUUUCUCUCCUUCGUCUCCUUUAUCCGACUACAUAAUCAAAUUAAUUAAAACGUCUGAUCUUCAACGUGUUAUUUAGCAUUAGCACCACUUGAAAAGGACGCACGACCAGUUCAUAGAAAAAAGGUUUAUAUUCGAAAAUACCCGUGUAAUUUCUGCGGCAUGGUGUUGAACGUCUCUCGACUCGACUCGAGUCGCGAACCUGGAAAGCAAUACUUUUUACACCCUUUGUAGUUGUUGUACCACGUGGUGGUGGUGGCUGGUGGACUGGACGUUUUUAAAAUUUCAAAAUAAACCAAUAAAUCUCGAUGAAAACAUACCAAUUCUUACAGCCGCUUUGAUUCCUAUCUUGGACAAUACAGCUUCCCCAAUACUUCAACAAUAUAUGUCUACAUCAAUAGCCUCGGUAAUAUUAGGGGAAAUCAUUGUUUCGCACCGUUUGCUUUUCACACAUAAUCCAUAAAGGUUGCAUAUGUGCAUUUUAUCCGUCCAUUCGAACCGUACGCUAUACAAAGAACGAUGUUCGACAUGCUAAUAAAAAGGUUCCGUCGUAUUUAUCACUUCUUUUCUAAUUCUCUCAAUGGAACCGGAUUAUGUGAACAAGUAUCGUAUACAAAGAUGUCAUCGUUCCUGUUCCAUUCUCGUGACUGGAAAUAUUUCGAGAGAAAAAGGUGUUUUUUUCACUUUACCUUACCUGCGCGAAAAGUUUAUUCGGAAUGAGGAACCAGGUCUUUUUGAGAGUUGGGAAAUAAUGAAGAGGAAAAAUGGUAAUCUGGAAUGAAAUUUUGAAAAAAAAUUUCGUUUAUGAAUCAAUUAUAGAGUCAACUCUGAAAGAUUCCUCUUGACUGUGAUUGUAGGCUUCGUUUCAACAAGUCGUGUAGAAGAGCGUCACAGAAAUGCUGUCAGAUGGUCUCGUAUGAGCUCCCUUCUAUCAUCACUAGCGAUACAAUUAUCCUGGGUCCUUGAAAUUCAAUCCUUUUUUUUUACAGGGUGUCUAGUAACAAAUCGUUCAGUAUUGGAAAAGUUCUUCAUUUUCUGCUCGAAGUUCGAAACAGAUCAGGAUUUCAGGAACCCAUGUUCUUUUUUACAUUUGUCAUUCAGAGCAAAAAAGUACAUUUUUUUGGUUGAAAAAAAAUGCAAAAUUGCAAUGAUAAGAUAUUUUUUACACAAACACAACCAUGCCCUUCCCCUCGACUAGUAAGAUUUGGCAGCUUUGCCUGAGAUCUCUAAAAAAUUGUGAAGUGUUCUGAAAAAUGCUCCGCCAAAACCAAAAGACACUUUAAUGAGCGAGGGGGGAGAGUCUCAAGGUCAUUUCACAGAAAAUCUUGCAAAAUUUUUGAAACAACCUUGAAAACUUUUUUGAAUUAAUUCUUUCAAAAGGACAAAGGUGGCCCGAUCCGUUAAUAAUUUGAUUGGGGGCGGAAGGGACGCAGGGGCGAAGGUCAAGAAAAAGUACAGUAUUUUCAUUUGAGAUACUCUGGGGAAAAAUUUAAAAAAUGAAGUGGUUUAAAUAUCCUGUGUCCUAAAUGUGAUACAAAGCCUUUUAUUUGAGAUGAAUGUGCUAGAAAAUGAAAAGUCCCCGUACAUUUGACACAAAAGUUUCAAAUUUUUCAUUAUAAAUUCGUUUUUUCAUAGUUGAUUGUUCUACGUUAUAAAAAUUGGUAAUAAAAAAGUUCGGUUAGUGAAUCAGUUUCGAUUCAAGCAAGGGUGUCGUUUUUUGAAACUGAAAUGCUUUAAAAAUGAUAGGGUAAAAAUAUGAUAACUAUCCCCAUAUGUUGGUAGCGCAUUUUUUAGGAGGGGGAGGAGGCUAAAAAUCUGAGGAAUAUUACACUGAAGAUCUUGCAAAAGUCAUAAAAAAUUUGUAAAUCUUAAAUUUUAAUUUGAAGUGUUUUUUAGACGCUUGUUUCUGUAUUUACCUCAAAAAUACGAGUACUACAUUAUUUUUUUUGAAAAUUCAUUUCCCUCUUAUUUAUUGUUUAAUGUUUAAAAAAAAACGAAAAAUACUUACUAAUAUUGAGAAAACAUUUUUGAUAGAGGAAGGGGGUAUAGUUGAUACCUGAACAAUUUUUCCAAACCUGAGGGUGCAUUUUUUUUGACAGAAGAGGAAGUGAGGAGGCAAGGACCUGAGAGAUAAAUUGAGGUCAAGGUCCCACAAAAGUCUUAAAAAGAACUUACGGAAGUCUGCAAAAGCCCUGAUUUUUAAUUUGUAGGUUGUAUUACAUAUCUUGGUCUUAAAUUUAGCUUGAAGUCACAUAUUUUUCAAUUGCUUAAAAUGUGUAAAAAUCUGGUAUCAUUUCACUUCUCGUUGAUAUUGGUAAAACUGAUUUAAUUGCCAAAAUUCUUGAACAAUCCCAAGUAUUGAAAGAGGUUUUUCCGGAGGGGGGAGGGUGGUGAGUAAGAGAAAAAAAGUGAAUCUGGAAGUUAUAUUAUUAGAUUUCGAGAAUGAAUUUUUGUGUAGGGUCGGGGAAUGUAGAAAACUCGACACAAAUAUUGUGCUCAAAGUCCUGUAUAAAUAUUGAAUAGAUCCCUCAGUUUUGCAAUUUGAUUUAGAGAGUUCUUCUCUCUGUUUCACUGUCACUCUCCGACUAAAAAUUGUUGAAUUUCAAAGAUGAAAUUCAAUUUUGUUUGUACGGACGUAACAGGGAUGUGUACGAAGCCAACUGACAUGAGUUUGUACUUCAGUUCAGUGAUUUACAAGAUUAGGAUUACUGCUGACGAAAGUAACCAAUUUUGAGUGAUGAUUUUUCAAGAUUUCAAUAUCUCUGUUAGAUUAUCUGCGCGACAUACGAAUUUGAAGUAUCAAAUUUCAAAUAUAUGACUCACAUAGGUACAUACUAAAUUUCAAGAGAUCGCCAAUUUUCGACGAGAGAGACAAAAAAAAUGAAUUAGAAUUUAAUGGACUAUUCAGUUACGUGAAAUGUGGUUAAAAUAAGUCUGGAAAAGUAUACUUUUGUAGUGCUAUAAAUCUAAUCGAAAUCUCAAAAAACGAAAAACUGAAACUGUUUUGUCACUCAGGAAAACAUAAUGAAAGGUCUCGAGAUUGAUAAUUUUUGCUAAUUUUUUUAGCUAUGGUUCGGAAAAAUCGUAUGAAAAUUUAAUUUUCUUCAUAGCGAAAACAUACACGUACAAGUGGAUCGAACAACGAAAUCGAAAAAUUGAAUCUUUUUUCUAUUAUUGAUGAAAGAGGAAACGAAAAAGGAUUCAAAUCGAGGAAUGACCUUUUUCCAGCUUUUAUUUGGAAAAUGAUGAUUGUAUUUGAUUGGUUAAACAUCAUGGUGUUGUGCUCUCGUUGAAUAAUUUAAUGCUUAAAUAGAGAAGAGAAAAUAGUUGAGUUUUUUUUACAAUCCAAAGCUAAAGGUAAACGUAAACCCAUCUCUUGGAUACUUCGUUCAACCUUCGCCCUUCGUGUUAUCUUUCUCCAUUGUGUAACGAACAUUUUUAUUCGAAGAAUGAGUGUUUUACAAUAGCAGGAUUUGCUGUAAAAGGUGACGGUGUGGUGCAUGUUGCGAAAUUCCUUACUUCGUCGUCUCGUUUCUCUUUCUAAUGUUCCUUGAGAGAAUGCGAUGGUGGUGAAAACAGUGACAUGGUGAGACGAGGUGAACAAAAAAAAGGGAGAGAAUUUAUUAAGAAAGUAGCAUUUCAAAACACACAGUUUAUUCUCGAAACGUACUUAUUCAUUUUUCUUCCUCUAUCUCUCUUUCAAAUCCGAAAAAAGAAGCAGGAAACGUUUUAAACCACGCUUUAUAUAGGUAGGUAUUAUCUGUAUCGAGUUGUGUAGAUUUUUCCAUCACAACUUCCAUCUUCCAUUCAUCUCUUUUCUACUAGCGUUUAGGAUUUAUUAUUUAAAACAAUACGUCGUUUUAAAUGUUAAGUAAAUCACUGCCAUUUUACUUUUCUUUUUGUUUCGCUAUUGGUUCGGGUCGUGAGGUAUUGUACGUGCUCUCCGAAUUCAUCGCGGGAGGUUUUACCAUAGUUACUUGACGAAAGCUCUUAGCUUAUAACGACCGACGUUUUUUAAAUGCAACCUUUUAAACAUCCUCAGAUCUGAAGUUUUUUACAUGUAAAAUAAAGGGUUCUGGGUGGAAAAAAUCUUGUUAAAGGGGUAUUUUUAUAAGUACUCUCGUUCUAUACCCUACGAAUACCAUUUUUCGAACGUUAACCUUGUUUUUUUUUUUUUUUUGAUAUUUUGCGAAUUAUUUUGAAAAUUUGAUCUGAACGGCGGUGAGUACAUUUUCCCCUUGAGUUUACCUAUCUACGUUUCUUUUUGUAUUAUUAUUACUUUUUUUUUUUGAAAACGCAACGUUCGCCGUUUUUUUUUAGAACCGCUUCCAUGUAUUCGUAGAUACAUAUCGAUAUAUUUUGGGUAGGCUAAAGAUGAAAAUUAAUAAUGCUCUCUAUCGCGAAAACAUAUCAGACUAAAAUCUCAAUUUCCACAUUCUCACAGCUGGUAGAGUGCUACUUUCAUGACAAUCUUAGAUGUAUUUGUGUUGAAGUGUUCUUGACAAGGUGCAAGGGGAUUUGAAGUCAUAAGUAUGUAAUAAGUGCAGUUUAUUUGCUGAUAUUUUUUUUUUUACAUUUUUUGUUUGCAUUAAAUUUUUUUGUUGUUUAUUACAAAUGUAUGAUUUUAAUCGUAAUGAUAAAAUAUUCAAAAUUACUGUAUCUAAAAUGGUUUUAAAAUCAUACGAAAUGAAUUUUGCUCCUAUUUGUAAUCCUUUUUUUCAUACAUUCCAAAAUUUACUAUUACGUUAUUAAGUUCGAUUUAUUCCUAAAACAAAUGUACUCUAUUCGAUUAUUAAUUUUAUUGUAGCAAAUAGCGUGUAAUUAUUAUGUGUGUGGUGUCUAUUUUCUUGUAUCUCUUUUCUUUGCAAGGUAAUAUUAUUUAUGUUUUGAUGACGAUGAUUUUCUGUUGUUUUUUUUCAUGAUAACGUUUAAUGAGUUUUAUCUUGUUAGCGAAUUUUUUAAAGCAGGUUUGCUACUUGUCGGAAUUUUUUUUAUAAAUAUUGAUGCAUGGUGAAUUGAUACCCCGUCGAGGUUUAUUCUUGAUAUCAUAAUUACUUCUGAAUACUUACUAUUAUCUAUUAUUUAUGAUUAAUUUUACAGAACUUGUUCCGACGAGAAUGUACAAAAUGGCUUGCUAUUGAAAUGCAACUGUACAAUACAAGUUUUUUUUAUUUUCUUUUUUUUUUAGAAAUUUUAGUUACCGAUUUUUUUUUGUACUUUAUAAUUUAAAUUAUUCGAUUUUUAUUGUUGAUUUUAUUAUUAUUUUUUAUUAUCGGAGUAUAAUUGUUGCGAUAUCGACAUCGAAUUUUUUUUUCGAGUGGAGAGAUUUAAUCAAAAUUGAUUUUUCAGAGUAAUUUUGUAUAACUUUUCGUAUUGUAUAUAAAUGAAAAAAGAUAUACUUACUGCAGCUUUUAAAUUUUUUUAUAUGUUUGCAUUUUAUUUUAAUGUUUUGCAUUUAAUAUUGUAUAUUUAAUACUACAAAGAUAUCUUUUGAUUCUUUUUGAACUUUUAUUUUUCUUGCCUUUAUAGUGUGCUAAAGCUAAUUUGAGAUUAACUCGUUUAAACUGUGAUGUAUUUAGUAAUGUAUGAUAUAGUUAAUGACUUGUAUAAAAGUUCUAACAUUCUGUAAUAAAUUAGAAAUCAAAUAAAUUUUAUACUAUUUCA